UCAAACAAAUUAACAAUUUCCAAAAAUGUGCCAAAUCCCUAAGCCAAAUUCGAGCAAAGCCCAGACCUCUUGGUUUUCAUCUCCCUUCUCCGGCGUUCAUCUCCGGCGUCGUUGCCAUUCUCCGCCGUCCACCGGUUGCCGGAUGAAGAAGAAGAAGCAGCAGCAGUGAAAGGAGGAAGAUGAAGCAGCAGCAACAGCAACAGCCAAAGGAAGAAGAUGAAGCAGCAGUCGGUCGCCGGUCGAAUCCAAUGUUCUUUUUCUGAGCAUUUUUUGCCAUUUAAACUGAAGAGGAAUAUAUGCUUUGAGCAUUUGAGGGCCCUUUUUUGUUACGGGUUCACCUGAAUUUAUUCAGCGCUGUGUAAAACCUGCAAUGGAGGAUGUUACAGAUAUGACAAGUGAUAAAGUGAAGGAUAUAGAGGAAUGGGAUGGUGAUGAUAAGAGGAAACAACGGUCAAGCAAGUCAAAAAAGCCAGGGAAUGGAGAAGAGGCUGAAGGAUUAGAUGGCAGUGGAAGAAGGAGAAGUGCCGGGGACAGAAGUGAGAGCAGAAAGAGGUCACUUGGCUCAAGCAGAGAAAAUGUUGAUAUAGAUGAUAGUGAAUCAAGAAAAGAAUCACGUUCAAAGCAGAUGAAGGAGAGUCAAGAGGAGAGUACAUUGGAGAAACUAAGCAGUUGGUAUCAGGAUGGAGAACAAGAGAAUAAGUAUGAUGGCAUAGAGAGGUCCGUUAGUCGAGGACCUGGUCAAGCUGACGAAGGUGAGAGAAAGAAAUUGACCCCGAAGUUCUCAGAUCAUGACUCUUCCCAGAGCAGGAUCAGGGGAAAAGAUGAUAGAUUAAAUGACAGAGAGUUUGAAAAGUCACUAAACAGAGAUUCCAGACAUUCAGAAAGGAAGGAAACAAAUCAAGAAAAGGAUCAUGGAUCUUCUGAGCAGGGAAGAAGCCAAAGGAGAAGAUGGGAUGAUUCUGAUGCUGUGAAAAAAGCUGAAGAAGGUUACCUUGUGGAAAAAUUUGAUACAAAAUGUGGUAUAAAGCAAGACAGUGCUGGUGAAAGAAGUAUGACUGCAGCAAUUGAGCUGGGUCACAGUAAAAGUAGAGCUUUGGAUUCUAGUGAAAGGGGCAUAAAAUCCCAUGACAGGGAAGCAAGAAGAAUUGAUUCUGAGAGCAGUAAGAGCAAGGGCAGGACAGAGGCUGCAGAAGAUGACAAUAAGCGAAGUCCUUUGACUCAUGAAGAAAGAUCAGGUAAAGAGAGGUUUGAGAAGCAUAGACAGCAGAGAGGUUCCACUAGUCGGGAUAUUGCAAGUCAUGAGAGGCCUUUUAACACAGAUGAGGAUGGUACAUGGAUGAGAGAAAAAAGUAGAAGAGAAGGAGGCCACUCUAGAAGAUCCAAGACCCCAGAGAGGAGUGGAAGGCAAUAUCAUGAAACAGAAAAUCUUGAGAUGAAUUAUGAAAGAGGUGCAUCUAAGAGAAAAGAAUUAGAAAAGGACGGAUUCAGGGAUGAUAAAUUGAAAGGAAGAGAUGAUAGCUGGAGUGACUGGAAAAGGGACCAGGAAGGAUAUAAGGAUAAUUGGAAAAGGAGACAGCCCAGUGGUAAUGAGAAGGAUACCAAAGAUGGGGAUAUGGAUUAUGAUCAUGGCAGAGAAUGGGAGUUGCAGAGACAUGGUUAUGAUAGGACUGAUAAUGAAAGGCGCCAUAGUCGUUCUGGAGGUAGAAAAGAUGGAGGCAGGACUGGUGCUGUGAAAACCUCAUCAAAUUAUGGAAUUUCAAAUGAGAAUUACGAUGUGAUAGAAAUCCAAACUAGACCCUUUGAUUAUGGAGGAGAGGAAUCCAGAUUCUCAUUUGCCCGGAGAACCGAAACUCCUCAGCAACCUGAUAAAAUUUUGGUGUCAAAUGAUGAGCAGGCAUAUACACAGGAGGACAGAGCAAGAAAGGUUGAUUAUCAGGGGACUGGGCCUGGAGGUGAUGAUUUACAGGAUGGGUUUAUGAAUGAUGGUCCUAUGCGAGAUCAGAACUCUUGGAAGGAUGAAAAUGACUUUCAGGGUGGGAAAACCAGAGGCCAGGAAGGUGUUACGUCCAAUUUCCCUUCCGGGGGCCAAAGUUAUAGUAGCAGCUCCCUGAAUCCACAAGGAAACCAGGAAUCAGGUUCCUAUAGUCGAGCUUUUCAACAGGGAGCUAAAGGGGGCAGAGUUGGAAGGGGAGCAAGGGGUAGGACCACUGGGAGGGACAACCAACCAUUUGGAAUCCCAAUGCCCAUAAUAGGGCCACCUUUUGGACCACUAGCAAUGCCCCCACCUGGACCAAUGCAAUCGCUAACUCCAGGCAUGUCUCCUACUCCAGGUCCUCCAAUUUCCCCUAGUGUCUUCAUUCCCCCAUUUUCACCACCUGUUGUUUGGCCUGGAGCUCGAGGUCUUGAGAUGAACAUGCUAAGUGUUCCCCCAGGUCUCUCACCUGUUCCUCCUGGACCAUCAGGGCCAAGAUUUCCCCCUAAUCUAGGAAACUCACCUAAUCCUGCUUUCUUUUUUAAUCAACCCGGCCCUGGAAGAGAACCACCAAACAUAUCUGCACCUGGUCUUAAUGCUGUGGUGCCAGUUGGACGAGGACAGACACCGGAUAAAGCUUCUGGGAGUUGGGUUCCUCCUAGAACUAAUGGACCCCCUGGCAAAGCUCCUUCCAGAGGAGAGCAAAAUGAUUACUCCCAGAAUUUUGUUGACACGGGUAUGCGGCCCCAGAAUUUCAUUAGGGAACUAGAGCUCACUGCUGUUGUGGAGGACUACCCUAAGCUUAGGGAGCUUAUACAAAAGAAGGAUGAGAUUGUAGCCAAAUCUGCUUCUCCUCCAAUGUAUUAUAAGUGUGACCUUCGUGAACAUGUGCUGUCACCAGAAUUUUUUGGAACUAAAUUUGAUGUCAUUCUCGUAGAUCCCCCAUGGGAGGAAUAUGUUCAUCGAGCUCCUGGUGUCACUGAUCACAUGGAGUACUGGACAUUUGAAGAAAUAAUGAAUCUUAAGAUUGAGGCAAUAGCUGACACACCUUCUUUUGUUUUCCUCUGGGUUGGUGACGGUCUGGGCCUUGAGCAGGGCCGCCAAUGUCUGAAGAAAUGGGGCUUUCGUAGGUGUGAGGAUAUAUGUUGGGUGAAAACUAACAAAAGUAAUGCAACUCCAGGAUUGCGUCAUGAUUCUCAUACUUUGUUUCAGCGCUCAAAGGAACAUUGCUUGAUGGGCAUUAAAGGAACUGUUCGUCGCAGCACAGAUGGUCACAUAAUCCAUGCCAACAUUGAUACUGAUGUGAUUAUAGCUGAGGAGCCUCCUUAUGGCUCAACCGCAAAACCUGAAGAUAUGUACCGAAUAAUUGAGCAUUUUGCUCUUGGCCGUAGGAGGGUUGAACUCUUUGGUGAAGACCACAACAUCCGAUCAGGAUGGUUGACCAUGGGUAAAGGAUUAUCAUCAUCAAAUUUCAAUGCUGAGGCAUAUAUCAGGAACUUCUCCGAUAGGGAUGGGAAAGUUUGGCAGGGAGGUGGAGGACGGAAUCCACCACCAGAGGCACCUCAUCUUGUUUUGACAACAUCCGAAAUAGAAGCUCUUCGGCCCAAGUCGCCAAUGAAGAACCAGCAGCAACUGCAGCAGUCCGCAUCUAUCUCUUUGACAACUGCUGGUUCCACCAACCGACUGACAACUGGUAAUUCGCCUCAGAAUCAUAACGUUUUUAGCCUGAAUCAAGAAGGAUCCAGCUCUAAUUUUUCCACUCCAGGUCCCUGGGCUUCAUCAAUGGAGACCUAUAAAGGCGGAAAUAUUGGUGGUCCUGAACAUGAGAGGCAUUUUGACAUGUAUGGUUACAAUGUGUCUAGUGGGCAGGCAAAUCCAGACUAUCGAGACUAUGAAACACACAGAGCAAUGAAUUUUCUGUAGCUAAACUCGCAGAACAAAUUUUGCUGCAAUGGAAUGGUCCUUCCAUCCUGCCCCAUUCUGUAGUGUAAAUGGUAAGGAAAUGCAUUUAUACAGAAUAUUGUGUGUAGUUCCAGGUCUGGUGUAUGAAGAAGCUAUGGUCUGCCUGAGAUUUUGCUUUUUGCUGGAAUUUUGCCAGGGCUAAAUUAGCUUCUGUUUGGGCCAUCUGUCCAAGUGUCAACUCUAAUAAAGUCGAUGGUUUUGAACUUUGUCUUAGAAGAA